AACUCUUUGUGACAUUUACCACAGACAAUGGCUUUGGCUUUUGAUUUCAUCAUUAUUGGCGCUGGUACUUCGGGAUGUCUUCUUGCCAACCGUCUUGUCAACGCCCGGACACGCCCAUCAGUCCUGCUGAUUGAGGCCGGUGGUCGGCCGGAGGGCGACACCCUGCGUGCUCCAUUCCAUCGCUGGACACCUGCGUUCACGCGUCCAGAUCUGGACCAUGGCUACUCAACCGUACCGCAAAAAGAACUGAAUGACCGUUGCAUCCCGUAUGCGAGGGGCAAGGGGCUCGGCGGAAGCAGUAUCCUGAACUUUGCGGUCUAUCUUUAUGGGUCCAAAGAGGACUACAAUAGGUGGGCUGAGCUGGUUGGCGAUGAUAGUUGGAGGUGGGAAGAGACGAAGGAGCGUUUCAAGCGGAUUGAAAACUACGAUACGUCGACUGCGCACAAGUACUCGAAGUACGCAGACCCGCGGGCUGAAGACCAUGGCCAGGAGGGAACUGUAGACAUAUCCAUUCCGGUCGACCUUGAGAAAGGGUCUGAGGCGUAUUUAGACGCCUUGUUGAAUCUUGGGCAUCCUCUGAACUUGGACCUGAACUCUGGAAAUCCAAUCGGCGUGGGUGUAUUUCCGUCUUCGUACUCUCGACAAGGCAGAACGACUAGUGCGACUGCACAUCUUGAAAGUCCACCGAGCAAUCUCACCAUCUGGACCGAGAACAAAGUAGCACGACUAUUGAAGAAUGGGAAGAAGAUUGUCGGCGUGGAAGUUGAUGACGGACGAAAAGCUUCUUCAUUCAAGGACGUCAUUGUGAGUGCUGGAGCCCUUGAUACGCCGAAGUUGCUCCUGCUGAAUGGCAUUGGUCCUGCCGCGGAGCUUAAAGCUCAUGGUAUUGAGGUUGUUCACGACCUUUCUGGUGUUGGAAAAAAUCUUCGCGACCACAUCCUUGCUUUCAUAUGCGCGGAGGUCGAUACGGAUCUGACGGAGAGGUAUGCUUUUGAAAGUAACGCAGAUAGCGUCCGUGAUGCACAACAGCUUUGGAACGAAAGCCGAUCAGGUCCCAUGGCUCAUCACAAUGGCACGCUGGCUGGGGGAUUUUUCAAAGAUCCGCAUCUGGAAGAAUAUCCGGAGUUCCAGGCCCUGCCGAAGGAUAUUCAGCAAUAUCUUUCGAAGCCGACGGUUCCGGCUUCAGAGAUAACUGGUUGCGCAGCCUUGUUUCCACCGGGAUCCCAGCUGUCUCCAAACUCCGGAUACCUGUCCAUAGUGACGUUCUUGAUGAACCCUCAGUCUGAAGGAGAGGUUACUUUGCGUUCUGCUAACCCCCAAGAUACCCCAGUCAUCGACUUCAAGUACAUGGAGCAUCCGUACGAUAGAAAGGUGAUGACAGAGGCUGUUCGGAAUACAGUGGAUUUCUUCCAGGACUCCGACCUCAAGAAGCAUAUCAAACGCUUUGUUUUCGCUCCGGAAAGCAGGUCUCACGAGGACGUCCAGAAAUUCCUGAAGGACGCUGUCGGGACUGUGUGGCAUGCGCACGGGACAGCGAAGAUGGGUAGACCCGACGAUCCAAUGGCUUGUGUCGAUACAGCAUUUCGAGUCUUUGGAGUGGAAGGCCUCCGGGUAGUUGACCUAAGCGUCGCUCCAGUCACAACUAACAAUCACACUCAACCUACGGCGUAUCUGAUCGGUCAAAAAGCGGCGGAGGUGAUGAUCAAAGAGUAUGGCCUUUGAUGAACCGCAACCGAAGACGUAUGCAUAUCGUUGGUUUGUUUCGGGGUGUUGCAAAUGUUGCCGUUCGAUGAACUUUUCCUGUGAAGAUUGUAAUUCAAUGAAAUAGAUAUAGUAUUACCAGAUGCAUUUGGCAAAUCAUUAAGAG